GAGACUAGAGCUAAUCUUAAAAAAUAUACCGUUUUCUGCACCAUUGCUCCAACUGUGGACAUUGGACCGAAACAAUAUGGACAAACAACAUAUCAGGCUCUGGUCACGUGCGUUUUGAUUUUACAGACCAGACAUGCAACGCUGCUGUCGCGAGACCGUACGAUAAAUUCUGCUCGAAUAGCUUUAUUUUGUGCGGCCCUUGAGAUCAACUGAAGCGGAUCUCACUCAGAUAUAUUGUUAUUUACGUAUUAAAGUCUUAACCCUCCGACAAACGUGAAACACAGAUCCAGUUGUAACUUUAUAUGCUUUCCACAUGCACCCGUUCAUUUAAGGGUGUCGAUAGCAGCCAGUAAUGGCAUCCUCUGAGGAGAGAAGUUUGGACCCAUGGCGAUACGUCAUAAUUGUUUCCAAGUUCAUGGUUUAUUUUCUGCAUAUUGGACUAGUCAAAUCCAUGUCUGUACUCAUUCCCUAUCUCGUCAUCCAACUGGACGUGGACACCGCAACGGUUGGCGUCCUUGUUACCAUGGAAAUUGGAAUAUAUUUCAUGGCUUGUCCACUUGGUCAUUUUCUGAACCAAAAGUUUGGCUCUCGGCAGGUGACAACAAUAGGAGGCAUCUUAGCUGCAAUUUCGUUCAUGGCAGGAACAUUCUGCAAGACAGUGCCCUCACUUGGGUGUCUACUAUUUUUCACAGGUCUCUUCGCUUCUCCGUUGAAUCAAGGAUCGAGUGAAGUGCUUCACCAACAUUACAGAGACAAUUUCGGAUUAGCUUCAGCAAUCACGAUGAUGGGUAGUCAAGUCGGGAGUUUCGUGAUGCCCUACCUGACGUCGAUGAGCAUGGAUGCCUAUGGGCCAAGAGGGAGCUUCCUGAUCCUCAGCGCCAUGAUGUUUCAUUGGGUGCCAAUAGGAGCCACGCUGCGUUCAUCUCCGAAAGGCCAAUCUGAAAGUGAAACAUCCUUGUCUGAACUGUCUUCAGGGAACGAUAGUGAUGAACGUGAGCCACUUCGAACUAGAAACGAUGAUCAGGUCUGUCAGCUUCAGAGCAAAGAAAUAACAGCCACAACGAGUAGCCCCCACGAUUUACAGUCUGAUCCACAUACUGGCCAGAUGAAGGAAAGCCAAGAUCUUCGAGAAGGAAUGUUCAGCUUGAUCCGAAACACCAUGCUUGAUGCCGUAGAUUUUGUUAAAAUGGAGCGCGUUUUUGCAUGCCUUCUGCUUCCCUGUCAGGUCUUUUUCGACAUUUCUUACAUCGGUUAUUCGGUGUUUUUGUUCUCCUACGGAAUAGCCGAAGGGUUACCUAAAGACACAGCCGUGUUCUUAGUCAUGAUCGCUUCCGUUGGCGGCAUCGUCGGAAGACUCUUCCUCGUAGUAUCCCUGUAUAAGUACCCAAUGUUAACGAUACCAUUGCUGCCAGCAAGCCUCUUGAUAUCAUCCAUAUCACUCCUGGCGUACCCUGUUAAUUCCUCUCCGACCUUUCUAUUCAUCUGCUCCUUUGUCGCCGGGAUGGGUUUCUACAAUACAUAUUCAACGUUAGACGGAGUUAUUUCUUUGAAGGUCCGGAAAGAGAAUUUUCCAAAGGCCAUUGCUUGCUCCCUGAUGGUGACUGGGGCCUCUUUUCUUGUUUCUGGAGUACUUACAGGUUUCCUUUAUGAUUGGCUUGGUUCCUACAGGGCAGUCUUCCGUAUACUGGGGUGCCUCGUUGGGAUCAUCGGUGUAACAAUCACGAUUCAUAUCUGCGUUGAGGCGAGGACAAAACGGACGAACAGGGGCCUUUAAAGGGAUGGUCCGGGCUUAAACUAUUUAUAUCUAAAUAAAUAGAGCAGAAUAGAUAAAUCAUGCUGAAAA